AUGGACAUGCGUCAUCUUUAUCAAAACAUUGAGAAGUGUCUGCCCUUCGGCGCCAGCCACCAAAAAUAUCCGACGAAGAAUUUCGCUUUACUCAACAGGUACAGCGCGGAAGAGAACAGAUCCCGCAUAGACUUUUACGACGGCACUGUAAGACGGUACUACCAGAUUGAUCCCGACAACGAUACGUUGGCUGUAUACCAGAUCAGCCCUAUAACGACCGACGCGGUGACGAAUGAAAUUAUUUGUCGCAGCAUUGGCGACGAUGACGAAAGCUCCAUCGAUAACUUGCCAAGCGUCGACGAUUUGGUCUAUCAAGGUAAUGAAACUUUAGAUGGUAAGGUGGUACAAGUGUGGAAGUCUAUAGAGGAAGAAGACGAUAGAAACGAAAGGACCCUUUACGUGUAUAGAGAUAAUAGGGGUUUCGACGUACCGGUUAGGUAUGAGGAUAUUCAAUACAACACGUGGAGUAAGGGCAUGGAUAAACAUACUAUCACAAACUUCUAUGAUUUUAAGACCAUCGUAAGUCCAGAGGACCUGGACGUCGGAGAGGUUGAAGAAUGUCAAGACUUGGGGAAAUUGGGCGAAAACCUAAAGAUCGAUCUGGAUUUCCUGCAUCCCGUGUUUUCACGAGAUGUUCAUCGAGCUUUUCAAAGCUAUAAAAAGCAUUUUAAUAAAAAACAUCGAGAAGAUGAACAUUGGAUGAGGAGAGCAAUCUUCGAAGAAAACUGGAAACUGGUAGUCGCCCACAACAGGAAGAACCUGAGCUACAAGCUUGAAGUUAACAAGUUCGCUGACCGGCUGGACGAGGAGUUGGGCCACUUAACAGCCACGAGGCCUUCCCCACCAGGAGCCGUUGGCACCCACCCAUACCCUUAUUCAGAAGAGGAUCUACUGGCAAUGGUGGAUCAGCUACCAAUAUGUUACGACAUGACAUUUGACGGGGUCCUAUCUCGCGUUAAGAACCAAGGUUCAUGCGGGUCGUGCUGGGCGUUUGCUACCGUGGCAGCAGUUGAAGGUGCGCUGGCGAGGAGCAAUGGUGGAAGGGUGUUCGAUCUCAGCGAGCAGUCCUUAGUGGACUGCGCUUGGGGAGAUAAUUUUGGAUGCGGUGGUGGUGAGAUUAAUGGAGCCUUCAAAUACGUUUACACCAAUGGGAUUCCUUCCGAGAAGAAUUACGGGCCUUACUUGCAGCAGGACGGCUUCUGCAAAUUGGAGAAUAUGUCGGCGGUGCACAAUAUCAGGGGCUUCGCCAAGGUUCCCUCGCUGAGUGAGACCGCCAUGAAGGCUGCUCUGUACAACUUCGCACCAGUGACCGUGGUGAUCCUCGCCAGCCACCACAUGAUGCUCUACUCCACCGGAGUGUUCUACGACAUCGAUUGUGUCGAGGGAGAAUACAACCACGACACUCAUUUCCAUCCGGGGAGUUCGUCG